AUGUUGAAGUCACUAUGGCAGGAGUUGGAUUUUAUGGAAACAUUUGCAUGGGAAAGCACGAAAGAUGCUGAAAUUUUCAGAAAAUUUGUGGAAAGAAACUGGGUGUUUGAGUUCCUUACAAGACUCAAUCCUAAAUUUGAUAUUACAAGGCAAAAUAUCUUGGCUAAGGAUGAUGUGUCACUUGCACAGGCAUACUCUAUGGUGAGCAGUGAAAAGUGCAGGCGACAGGUACAGCUACAGACCCCACCUCCUCUAGAAUAUUUUGCACAUGCUAGAAUAAAAUCAAAGGGGCUGAAUGAGAAAAAGGAAGUGAUAUGUGAAUACUACAAGAAGCCAAAAUAUACUAAGGAUUCUGGUUGGAAGCUUCAUCAAGAUCUUCUUCCUGAGAAGUUCCGGAACAACAACAACUCUAAGAAGGGUGGUAAGUUUAGAAAACCCAAGAAUGCAAAUGUUGCCAUAGUGUCUAAAUGUGAAGAAAAAUCUGUUGUGGAAUGGUUGGCAGCAGUGAAGGCAGAAUUUGAGAGAUAUGGGAAAUUUAUAAAUCGGUUGGAGUCUACUGUUGUAUCUUCCUCCUCAGGCACCCCCUCUACAUCCUCUUUUGCCUAUUCAGGUAUUCGUGCUUCUGCAAAUCAUGAUACAAUCCCAAGUAGAGAGAAGAUUUCUCUUGCCGAUGGGUCUCUUGCUCCCAUAUCUGACAAGGGGAAUAUUAAAGCCUCUAAUUCACUUGUUUUAUCCUCUGUCCUUCAUAUUCCCAAACUUAGCACUGGCGUUCUAUCUUUUGAUGUAAAGAAUGUCUUUUUAAAUGGGGACCUAAAUAAAGAAUUUUAUAUGUCUUUACCUCCAGAGGUGUAUGGGAAGGAGAUGCAAGGAAAGGAAAUGAUACGCAGUAAGCUGUUCAUCUCAAGAGUUUUCUUAACACUAAGUUUGAAAUUAAAUACUUGGGAGAACUCAGAUAUUUAUUGGGAAUUGAAGUUGCCAGAUCUAAGGAUAGUAUCUUCAUUUCUCAACGGAAAUUGUUUUCUAAAUUUCUUCGUAGUUCUUUCUUUUAUGGCGCUUGGAUUUUGCACCCGUUAUGCUCUAAGUAGAUCUUCGAAGCUCUUCCGGUUUCCACAGUGGCGAUUUGCUUCAGUGCGCCUACUGUCAACUUCAAAGCUCUUCAGUAGUGCUCGAGACAUAGAGAAAAGCAUCUACACAAUUCUCACAAUUCAUCGUUGGGAAUCCCUGAAUCACAUGGACUAUAAAUUGGCUUCGCUUAGAACUGUUCAUGGAAAGCUGGCCUUAAAGUUCCUUAAUUGGGUUAUCCGGCAACCGGGUUUGGAAUUCGAUCACCUCACCCACAUAUUCUGCAUCACAACUCACGUACUUGUCAAAGCCAGAAUGUAUGGACCAGCAAAGCUGAUUUUGCGACAUCUUUCUGAAAUGGACUGCAUUAUAAAUGGCUAUGGAAGUAUAGGUGAUGGAUUAAGAGCAUUUUCAUUGUUUGAUGACAUGAUUAAGUUGGGUCAUCAUCCAAGUCCUUUCACRUAUGGAAGCUUAUUAAAAGGACUCUUCAUUGGUGGUAACUUAGAAGAGGCAAGGAAAUUUUUGCAUAAACUCCAGUAUGUUCCUUGUGCUGUGAAUAGUUUUGUCUAUAACACAUUACUGUCUGAAGCAUGUAAAGCUGGAAGGUUGGAGGAGGCAGUGUUUCUAUAUGAUGAUAUGGUUAGAAAAGAUAUAGUUCCAGAUGUUUAUACAUUUACUAUUCUUCUCAAUGGUCUUUGUAGGAAGAACAAGACGCUAACUGCAAUUAUUUUAUUUGGGAAAAUGAAGGAAAGGGAAACUUUACUACCAAACCGGGUCAUGUACACUUGUAUGAUUCAUGGUCUUUUCAAGGAAGGCCUACCAAAAGUUGCUUCCUAUAUGUAUGAAGAGAUGUUGGGGAAAGGUUUAUACCCAGAUACAGUUAUGCUAAAUGUGAUGMUAGAUGGAUACUCAAGAAUGGGGCAGGUGUAUAAAGUGGAGAGUUUUAUUUCUGCAGUAAAUAACCRAAGUCUGUGUUGUAAUUUGAUUUCAUAUAACAUUCUCUUACAUGCAUAUUCCAAGAGGCAGCUCUUGUUCAGAUGCUUUAAAGUGUACAACACCAUGAUUAGAAGAGGAUUUUUGCCAGAUAAUGUAACAUACCAUUCCUUAGUUCUUGUACUUUGCAAGUCUGGCAUACAGGAUGUUGGGGUUAAAUUUUUAGAAAAGAUGGUAAUGGAAGGUAUAAUUCCAGACUGCUUUACAUUUAACAUGCUUAUUUCCAAAUACAGUGAAAAUGGUGAAAUGGGGAAAAUUUUUUAUCUGGUUAACUGUAUGAGAAGGUUAGGUGUGUCAAUGGAUAGGGAUACCUACAUCACAAUUAUUAAUGGACUCAAUAGAAAAUAUUAUUUUCGGGAAUCACAUAUUCUUCUGCAUGAAAUGCUUGGCAAAGGGUUUCUUCCCACCCAUAAACAUUACAUUGCUUUGAUUAAGGGGAUGUGCAAGGUGGGUGAUAUAAAGAGAGCAUUCAAAYUUAAAGAUGAGAUGCARAUGCUAGGUUUAGCAUCUUGCAAAAUUGCUGAGAGUGCUCUUGUUAGAGGGCUCCUACAGUGCGGAAAGACUGAGGAAGCAAUGCUGGUUCUUGAUUGGAUGCUUCGGACGGGUUUGGUUCCAACUAGUUCUACUUUUACUACUAUAAUGCAUAAUCUCUUUAAAGAAGCUAAGCCCAUUGAAGCUUUGAAGUUGAGGGAUCUGAUGGAAUGUUAUGGGGUAAAACUUGAUAUUGUUGCUUACAAUGUUYUCAUUUCAGGUCUCUGUGCUUGUGGCAAYGUUGCCACUGCCUUUGAACUAUAUGAUGAGAUGAAAAAAAUUGGUAUUUGGCCUAAUACUACUACUUAUACUGUACUUAUYCRYGCCAUUGUUAAGGAAAAUAAUCCUGUUAAGGGUGAAACAUUAUUGCUUGAUAUACAAGAAAGGGGAUUCAUUCCUCAAUAUGGAAAUACUAGAGAUUUGCAUCAGAGAUUGGUUGAUACUCUGAAAAGGUUAAAUUUAUUACAGCAAAGGAAGAGGAAACAAUGACGUAGGAUGAGUGGGAAAAACUGGAGUGCUAAAUUAUAGUGCUGGCUUUUAAGAAGUAAAAGUUCAAUUGGCUGGUGAUUCUGGGAUGUGGUUCAUUAUUAAGUAAUCUUGUUAGGUGUUCACUGCAUGCAAUGUUGACACUUUGAAUCUGUUCUUUUUGCUAUCCAUGUUGGAUCAUAUCCAGAUUCCACCCAUGAUUUUGCAUAGAAGUGGCUCAUCAUCCCCAUGCAAGAGAAUUACCUGAACAUUAAACCCAGUCCCAAUGGUGGAAGAAACAUGUUUACAGCUGGAUAAGCCAAAAUGGCUGUAUACUGUACCAUGUUCGACACAUAGAGAUCUCAGCCGUUCGCUUCUGCAUAUACUUGGAUCAUCAAUUAAUGCAAGGGCUCGGGUGUUGGGUGGAGGCACUUGCAUCAAUGCUAGCUUCUACACAAGAGCAAGCUCCAGGCUGGAGAGUUCUCUUCUCGCAUUCAGCAGCUAGCUAGCUAGCUGUGGUUCUGCUGCCAACCAGGACUUGGUCGGUUCAAAAUUUUGGAUGAGUUGAUCAUUGACCUGUUGCUGAAGAAGGCAUCUUAAUAUAUGAAUCAACUGUGCCAAGUGAAGCUAGGCAAUGUGCUGAGGUGUUCCAUAUGUGCCUUCACUAUGGUCCAUGGAGAUUUUUUAUUCCUUCUUCCCCAAUGACAUCCAACUAAUUUUCCCUAGUUCUGUUUUUUCCCAUUCUUUGUUAUUCUUCUUUGAUAGAGAACUGCAUAUCUGGCUGUACUUGAAAAGCCCCAACCAUGUAAUUUUGGUGUAUGCUGCUUAUUGGAAGUAAUUUAGACUCGCAUUUCAUUUUGUAAUUGUGAUUUUGAAGGUCAAAGGAUUGACAUGAUCUUAUAAGCAUUGGCAUUUUAAA